CCCGACCUACGCGUAGCCAUGGUGGCUCAAGCAAUGCUGAAUCAAGGUUGAGGGUUCCAGUCGCAGCCUCGCCACACCACGCCAGGCAGGGGGCGUCUACCUGUGUGUGUGUGUUGUGUGUGUGUGUUGUGUGUGUGUUGUGUGUGUGUGUGUGUGUGUUGCACGCGACGGUCCUGCCCCCAUGGUGAAGGGCUCUCAGCAUACGAAGGGCGAGCGCAAGAGCACACCUCGGGACAAGGCCAUGACAGGUUUUGUUAUGAUGAUGUAUGACGUGCUUGGUGAGCACUGUUGGAAUGGUUGCGGCGAAUGUCUUCGACAGUAUGCGAUCCGGCAGUUUGUAUCCAAUCACAUACAUCCAGUUGGCGACCGUGAUCGUUUUCUUCAUGACAGUUCUGGUCAGUGAGCGGAUAUGGGGUCUGACCCGUAUUUUCAAGAUGACGGUCGUAGUUGCUAUGUAUUUCGUUAGCGUGUUCAUUGUUGUGUUAUCGAGACCUCUGGAUAAUUUGCAGAUGUUCGUCAUCUUGACGUUGGAUUGCGCCACCAUCGUGCAGACUAAUGAGGACGAGCUGGCCUUGCAGGGAUUGUUGAAUGUGGUGUGGUGUAUGUGUUUCUCCACACGCUGCCUGUGAAUUGAACAGGUCCAGAGAUUCACCCAGUCGAGUUCUUCCCCGAAUACCACGUUGGGAACCAGCUCUUCUGCAGCAUCAUUCCUGCUUUGUUAAAUUAUCCCGGAUUUGCUGAUCGUGUCCCAUACCCGGGACUUGCGCAGAGAGUCGGCGCGAGUCAGAAAUUCUGUGGAGUUGGUCCCCACGAUCGCAGAGGCUCUCAACAAUUUUGACAUUGAGGCGUCGCAGCGCUUGUUGCCGGAGAGCUCCGAGGACGAGGACGGGGUACCGAUAUGCGAGCAGCCGGGGCAGCUGAUCCGCAAUCUGCAGGUGUACCGAGCUUUCUUGCCACAUUGCAUUUUCCCCGAAGAGCGUCGGGAGCGACAGUGACCCCACUGGCGGGGCCAUCGCGACAGCGAUGUGGAGUAAGCCAACGUUUUUGGGACAACGCAGCAUCAGCAGCCAUGCGACUGAGAGAUCCAGGGUGUUUCUUGAACGACUGCCACUCGGACGUGGCAGCUGCGGCCCCCGAGCUGCAGCUCUGCAGCCAAGGGUCAGAGUGCUCCUCCCGACGCACGUCUUCAGAGGAGUGCGAGCGCAAAUUGGGAGCGCCACACUCUGUGUAUGUAGUGCUCUGCCCGCCGUGACACUGAUUGGGAGGAGAUCUGUUCUCCUUGGGCGUCGACCAGCGGGGAAAGCCAGCGGUGAGAGCCGCAUGUGAAGGCUUGGUGGCAGCCCCAGUUGGUGCCCCAGUGCUAGAUCCCGACCCGACCGACCUGAGGGCAUUUGGAACUGAGAGUUGGACCAGUUGGAGCAGAAGUCCCUGUCCAAGUAAGCGCCCAAGCAGUAAGACUCCUACAAAGUCUCGUGCUUUCGUCGAUCACGGGCGCACGACGGCGUUCCUUGCGCUGACAGCGCUCCAUGACAUUCUGAAGAAUUCGAUUCUGCUGUCAGAUGUCCACGACAAGCACGCGCCGUACCAUGGACUCCCUGGGGGCGAUUGGAUCUACGGCCACGACCUCGCCCGCAGGUAUAUCAUGGAGCACUUCCCCUGCUCGUUGCCCAGUUUU